AUGGUUACUCAAUCUUACAACGAUCAACGCCCCGACAACACCAAUAAGUCGCUUCCCCUCGGCGCCGCCGCAGCUGACGACGCCGUCUCCAUCAACGUCCGCUGUUCCAACGGCUCCAAGUUUAGUGUCCGAGCGAGUGUGGGAUCCACUGUGUCGCAGUUCAAACAAAUCGUCGCGGAGAAUUGCGAUGUUCCAGCUGUGCAGCAGCGGCUGAUUUACAAGGGACGGAUCUUAAAGGAUGAUCAAACCCUAGAUAGUUAUGGCUUAAUUGGGUUCUGUAGCUGGGUAAGUUCAUGUGAGACCCGACCAUGGCUCAGGAACUUCUUGCCUCACAAGGCCAUAUCCAUGGUGGUGAUGGAUAGGUCCAGAAAGGGUGGAGAAGAAGAGCUAUUUUUGGCGAUAAUUGUGCCUUAA